AUGGCCCACACGGAUUGCCUUUUCUCUCAAUCUUCUUUCAAGCUUAUCCCAACAGAUUCUGAUGUUUUGGCUAAAGAUGUAAAGCCUAAGAAGGCCAGCUCAGUUUCUAAAUACGAUGAUAGAUUAGUUACUAACGCUUUGCCUGAGACUCGUACCGUGAAAGAUGUUACUAACUGUGAGACACGAGGAGGAGUACAUGUUGAUGAGGUUACUGAAUCCGUUGUUGUUAUCCCACGUGACGCUUCCCUUUCACAUCCUUAUCAAAUGUCAAGCGCACUGGAAAAGCAAGAGUCUAUGCGGCAGUGGAUGGAAAUGAAGCGGAACGGUUAUCUCUCAGGCCCUUUGGGUGGACCUGUGGCGUCGAGGCCGCGAAAGCGUAAGAAGAGGAGAGGAGACGAUUCUUCAAACAAGACAAACCAAGUCCCUAAUAAGAAGAAGGACCAGCAUGUUGUUGCUACCGCGCCGCCAAGUGGAUUGCUGGCGGGGUUGAAACCGGGGAUCAUUAAACAUGUCAGGAGUAAAGAAGAGGUCUACUCAUCUCUUGAAGCUUUGAUUCGAGAUUCAGCUAGAGAAGAUAGGGCGUUAGACUCUAAGGUAUCAGAUCAUGCCAUUUCCUUGACAAACACGGAACAAGCCAAGUUGCUUGCUGUUGAAUCUGCUACUGUAGCUUCACAGUGGUUGGAGUUUCUUCACCAAGACCUCAGCGAACGGCUUUCAGCUGUGAAGGAGAGUAAGAAUAGAGCUGAUGAUACUUUGAAGGCCGAGUUGCCACUUCUUGUCUCAUCAUCAAAGGAAUCUUCUUCUGCCAACCAGGAAUGUACCUCUGGUGAUGAAACAGUAACAAAGGCGCAUAAGAUGAGGUGGUCUGCGAAAUUUGAUGAGUUUAAGAAACGUCUCAAUGAUGAAGAGAAAGAUCUUGAUAGCACGUUAAACCACGUGAAGGAUAUGCAGUCACGAUGCAACGAAGGUUUACGCCAGAUGAAUGAGGCAAGUUUGGGGAAAGAUGGGACCAGUCAGGAGACUAAUUUGGCGGUUCAGGCGGCUGCAGCAUCCAUUUUUUCGACCUGCCGUUAUCUUCUGUCAAAGAUGAAGCCACCAACCUAA